CUUAUCUUUUGGCCCUCCUACGUCAAAAUUUCUAGCUCCGCCAUUGUCUCUCACUCUCUUCCGCUCAGCUCUCACCGCCGCAAUGGCGGAAAGAGAAGACCUACCAGAAGAGAUAAUACUCAACAUCUUGUCCAGAUUGCCCGUGAAAUCCUUAAUCCGAUUCACCUCCGUUUCGAAACGCAUGCAUUUCAUUAUACUCACCGAUCCCACAUUCGCCCAAUCGCAACUCAAAGUAGCUCGUCAGCAGAAAACCCAAAGCCGCAGACUCCUCGUCUUCACCGACCCCCCUCAACUGGAAUCCCUACCCUUGGAUGCUGAUACGCCGUCGUUUGGAGCCCCCUCCUCCGUUAGAAAGCUCCCUCUCCCUUUCCUGCAGCAACCGUCCGAUCAUGACAAGUUUCUGGGCUCCUGCAACGGUCUGGUAUUUUUAACUUUGAAUGUGGAUUUCUAUUAUAUCUGGAACCCAUCGACUGGAUUCUUCAAGAAAUUACCAGACCCAUGUUUUUGUUCCUAUGGUCGAAACGGACGUCUAGCCUAUGGUGUGGGCUAUUUAUCCGCCGGUGAUGACUAUAGAGUUUUGGUAGCCUGCUGUGACUUACGUGUAAUGGCGUAUGAGGUUGAGAUGUUCUCAUUGAGAACUCACAUCUGGGAAAAGAUUGAAUGCGGUUCCUACUCCAACAUUGGAUUCCAGUUUGAGGGGACUCCAUUCAACGAUACACUUCAUUGGCUAAAUAGCUACGACAAGCAUGAAAUACUUUGUUUUAACUUGGCUGUGAAGGAGUUCCGGAGGAUGUGGCUGCCUGAUUUCGACAAUGAUGGUAAGAGCUUCUGCAAACUUGGGGUGUGUGGAGGGUGCCUGUGUGUGUCGCGUCAUCCGGAGGGUGUUUUUGACUCCAUUGAUUUGUGGGUUAUGAGGGAAUAUGGGGUGAGUGACUCGUGGACUAUGCUCUAUAGCUUAAAGGUAUCCAAUCCGCCUGAGUGCCUUAGCUUUGCGAGAAGAUUAUUGGUUGUGGGAAGUAAUACAGUUGCUGUGAAUUGGAGUGACGAGGGGUUCGAGUUGAUGAGGAUUGAUCAUAAAGCAGACCAGAAUGUUGGCCACUAUAUGAUUAAGGGGCGUUACGUUUCUAUUGUUGAACAUGAAGAGAGUCUACUUGGUAUCAGUGGUUAUCAUCCAGCAGAAGAGAAAGAGCAGGUUCAGAUACUCGAAACCCAUCACAAGGCCUCACAAAGCUGAAAUCGAAGGAAUCUCUGCUCUUAGUAUGCGAUGGGGUUUCCAGAUGUACAAAUUGUUGGCUUCAUUAUGUAGUGGUGUGGACCUGAUGGAAAGGAUGCAUUGGUUCUGAGAUUUCUCAAAAUUUCAGUUUAGGAUCUUUAGCAUCCAGCUAAUGCUAUUCAAUGGCUGAGACUGAUAUUUGUUCUUUUGUUUUAUGUUACGACAAUGAUAAGUUG